CCGAGAGUUCUUUGAGAACUCCAAUACCAAAUUGCUGCUUAUCUUAACAAAAAUUUUGAACUUGAUCCUAAGAUCAGCUUCUGUCCCCAAAGUGAAAAAUUCACCAUGUCUACUUAGAAUUAAGUCUUUACUCCCACGUAAAGGGUUAGGAUUGUAGCCCAAUAUAGGAAUUUACAAAUCUGUUUGCUUUCAGGACAUGCCUAUGUAGCUCCUUGAUCACAAAACUGAGCUAGAGUAGCAUUUGUGAAUAUCUGCCUCACAGAUAGGCAGCUCAUUUGGGUAGAUUGUUGUGGGUGAAGGAAGUAGGUCAUGAUCUGUCCUAAACUGGAUGCUAUUCUGGCCAGUCAGGAUCUCACUGGUUGACUUUCAACAUGUUUUUUUAAAAUGAUGCUUUAUUUCAGUUGCAGUAUUUUGGUUCCCAAGCAACCAACCCAGCCUUGUAAACAAAACUAUACACUUCAGCGUUGUUGCUGGGGAAUCCUGUCUGCUCAGCCUUUUUCUCCCAUAACACAGGACAGGAUUUGCUCUUUGCCUCUACGUAUGUAGUUUGGAGACACUGCCAGAAGACACUGUUUUCCUGUGGAGAAGAGAAAAAUGAACAAUCAAGAUGUGAGCAUUUUGAAUGUGGGAGGAGUGAAAUUCACAACAUGGCGUUCUACGCUACAGCAAUUCCCUGAAUCUAGAUUGGCAAGGAUGUUGGGUGGCAAUGACUUAGAAUGUAGGUUGGUGAAUGGCCAGUUCUUUAUAGACCGUGAUGGAGUUCUGUUCAGCUAUAUCCUGGACUUCCUAAGAACACGACAGCUUUCUCUGCCCAGUGACUUCUCAGACUACCAGAGGCUGCAGAGAGAGGCUGAUUUCUAUGAAAUUUACUCUCUGGCUGACCUUCUGAGUCCAGAAAGUUUGUUGAAACCAAAACUAGAGAUCUUGGAAAUACGAUUCUUGCUCCAAGAAAUGCAAGCUUUUUUCCGGGUAUUUGGCUCUUGUAGCAUCACUAUUGGUGAACUGGCUGGAAGAAUUACUGUAUUUUCAGAAAAGCUUGUUGGAACAACUUGGAAAAGCCAUAAUGACCCUUCACAGAAGUCGUUGAUUCCCCUUUCUUUGGAGAGGCCUUCCCAUCAUGAUGUCAUUUUCCAGUGUGGCACUGACUACAGUGACCAGUUUAUAGCAAGAUAUGUUUCUAUAAAACCUGAUCAGAGGAAAUUGAUUAAUGGAACUAAUGUGCUGGGCCUGCUGGUUGACUUAUUACUCAAAGAAGGAUUUCGUUUAAUAAGCACUAGGACUGUCUCGGCUGAAGAAAAAAUUGAAUGUUAUAGUUUUGAAAGAAAAAGGCAGCCAGACACCUUUUCCAUUAGUAUGUGCCAAACACAACAGGGCACCACUAUAUCACAGCCAAUCCAAGUGCACAAACGGAAAUGAAUAAUGAAGAUAUUUUAAGCCAAGUGUGAAAUUAACAAGGCUAAGAAUUAUUACAAUAGCAGCACACAUAUUUUUGCUGUCAAUAUACCCUAUUUGAUGGAUUUCUAAUACUGGAUAUUUGAAUGGUAAAUAUGGAACUUUGUCUAAAUUACUUCAUUAACUUAAAAUAACCAGAUACCCAAUUUUAUCACAUCCAAUGAAAAAACUUUUCUAUCUACUAUAUUUAUUUGCUUUUACCACAUGCUACUGGACCUAUUGCAAGGUAAAUCCAGAGAAGUAUACUUAUCCUCACAGAGAACAAGGGCAUCAUGGUCUGAAUGGUUGAUCCAAAAUAAGUGCACCAAGACAUUUCAUUUGCAAUUUCCAUAUUUAGCAAUCAUCUUGUAUCACAGCAUUGCAGUAAUCAGGAUUAUACUCCACGUAGAUUUUCUGGUUAGGAAAGGAACUGAAAUCUGUAAUCUUUGAUCUCU